AUGUUGUCUCGAGGCACCCUUCGCAAUGGCAAACUUCUGCUGCUGCCGCUGGCUCUCAUGUCCAACUUCUGGCGACACGCUCACGCUCUGAGCCAGGAAUAUUGCUCGAGCCAAAAUACCGGAUCCGACUAUGACGCUGUGACCAACAUCUACCAGUCUAAUGGUGCAUGUCAGACAGAAUGCGCCGCCAACUAUGCCUUUGCCGUCGUCCAGUACCAGCAAUGCUGGUGCUCAAACUACGCUCCUGCCAAUCAGCUCGACGUCUCGCAGUGCAGUCAACCUUGUCCUGGUUAUCCCGACGAGAGUUGUGGUGACAAGGACAGUGGUCUGUACGGCUACAUCAAGCUCAACCUCAGCCCUUCAGGCACUCAAGGUUCAGGCUCCAGCAGCUCCACAAGCAGUGCCGCUCAAUCCUCAAAGCAGCAACCGACAACCACCUCAUCACCCUCUCCCUCAUCCGCGCCGGUCUCUUCCUCUGUCCAGAGCGAUAGCACCGUCUUCACCUCUGUGCCUGUCACCGUGACCGUCAAGCAGAGUGCUUCGGUCGUCAUAUCCUAUGUCACACCUUCUUCCUCGACUUCAUCAACAUCGACUUCUUCAACGCCUUCAUCCACCACACCAUCAUCGACACCAUCUUCAACAUCAACAUCUUUGUCCCUUACCUCUACCCAAGCAGCUGUAGUAACCAGCAGUCCUUCUUCUUCUACUGCCGAUACCAGCUCGCUUUCCCACACCACCUUCGUCAGUACUCGUGUAGUCACCGUCUCAGGCGGUCCUGUGACCCAAACUGUCACAAGUACCGCUGUUGUAACUCCCGGUGCCGGGUCACUAAACGACACUGAGCAGAAAGGUGUUUCUGGUGGAACCGUGGCAGGCGCUGUCAUCGGUUCUGUUGCUGGUGUCGCUCUUCUUCUGGCAGGAGCAUUCUUCCUAUGGCGCAGGAAACAAACCGAGGCAUCCGAUCCAGAAUCUCCUAGGUCAGGUUCCAGCUCAGGUUCCUCCGCUCGAAGAAGGAUGGAGCGUAACACCAGUGUCCUCAGCAAGACUGGUCUGCUUUCCUCUAUGGGCGCUGGUCUCGAUACGGAAAAGUUCCACGACGACUCGGCAAACGGCCACAAAUACCAUGGCAGCGAAUCGACUGCACCUAUUCCCACCAGCCCGGACGGUGAGAGACGUAACAGUCGUCCACUUGUUUAUGAUCAACGGCUCAAUCCUGCAGCCCUGAUGCAGCAUUGGGAGAUGAACGGCAGUCGCGCGAGCAUCGGCACCAUGCAGGACCAAAGGGACUACUCCCGCCCCUUAGGUGUCACCAACCCAGACCCAGUCGACGACUAA